GCCACGCCCCUGUGCGUGAACGUCGGGGUGGUGGAGUCUGAAGCCGCUGAGAGCAGAAACUACAGCAGGAGGAGGAAACGCAACCUUAGACUUGUGCGAUUUUUGACAGAGCGCUCCCGUAAAAUGGCGUACCACAGUCCGUACAGAGCUCCCCCGCACAUCAGCGCUCCCCCGGACCAGGGCUUCCUGUGGAAUAUCUUCCAGAGGGUCGACAAGGACCGGAGUGGAGUGAUAUCAGACUCAGAGCUCCAGCAGGCCUUAUCCAAUGGCACGUGGACUCCUUUCAACCCAGUGACGGUCCGCUCCAUUAUAUCCAUGUUUGACAGGGAAAAUAAAGGUGGGGUGAACUUCAACGAGUUUGCCGGUGUGUGGAAGUACAUCACAGACUGGCAGAACAUCUUCAGGACCUACGACAGGGACAACUCCGGCUUCAUCGAUAAAAACGAGCUCAAACAGGCGCUGACUGGAUUCGGUGAGCUCCAAAGCUACCGUCUAUCGGACCAGUUCUACGGCACCCUGAUAGAAAAGUUCGACCGCCAGAGGAAGGGACAGGUGGCUUUCGAUGACUUCAUCCAGUGCUGUAUUGUACUGCAGAGGCUGACUGACGUUUUCAGGCGGUAUGAUACGGAUCAGGAUGGCUGGAUCCAGGUUUCAUAUGAACAGUAUCUUUCCAUGGUCUUCAAUAUAGUAUAACACACACGGAUCGCCACAGAAGAGCACAACUGGACACAACUGUGCCAAAACUACGGGCACCUCCCGGAUGCCUCCCAUGAUGAUGGACACUGCAAGAUUUCAUUUUUUAUUGUUGUUUAAACCUUGUUUUUUUGGCCCUGGUUGUCGGGCUGUUUCACAUUCAUUUAUGAAGCUACCACAGAAAAAUACUUUUCAUUUUGGGUUGUAAUACUUUCCGGAUCAUUUGUCUGGAAGUUUAAGUCCAGCGCUCGACAAAUUUAAAAAAUAAUCCUGCAGUGUUUCGUUUGUUGAGGAAUCUGAACCACGUCUGUGUCGGGAACUGUUGGCCGGGGGGGUUAUUAUGGACACGUCUCUCUUUCUGUCUGUCAGUCUGUCUGUUAAAUGUCUUAACUUUAAUUGAUACCAUUAAAAAAAUGAUGAGAGUAAAAUAAUGCAUUGUAAAUAACGUUCCAAAUGCAUUGCAUGCUUUUCAGGGAAAUUUCGCCCCACAGUUGAAGCAUGCUUUUCCCUUUCUCUUGACUUUUCCCUCAGCCCUGUUUUGCUCAAAGCCAUGUUUACAAAAACUGUGAGAGCAGGUGACGUCCUGCUUCGGGAUUCACUGACAUGCCAGCUUACAUGCCAUAUUUGUACAAACUUAUUUUUAACUGCAAAUCUUCAGAUGUUAGAACAUACAGUUGUUUUUUUUUUUUUUGGUAGAGGGUAAGCAUAAUGCCUUUAGGAAAGCUUAUUUUUUGUGCAUGAUGCCUUAA